UAAGAAGGCAGUCCCAAGGCAGGGCAGGGUCACAUCGAGUUUUGCUGCAGGAGGCAACACAGGGAAUCUGGAAAUAAUUCAAGGUGUUUUUCUCUAAGACCUUCUACGCCAUGAAGACAUUUUGCCUGCAACCGUGCAUGCAGUGAGAUGCUGCUCGGCAGCAAGCAAAGCGAAAGGGAUUAGCUUCAAGGUUUUUGCUCUCCUCACUACCUAUCUGGGUGGAAGAAUCAAUCAGGAUGGCUUCUUCAAGUAAAAGAAAUUCUGCAGUGACGACUCAAAAUACGUUUUGCCCUGAAGGUGCAGUCUGCAAGCACGGCUUCCUCAUCAAAUCACCACCUCUUCAACUUCUCAACUCGCAGAAUUCCUGGAAGAGGCGUUUUUUCAUCCUGUCCAAAUCCAGCAAGGGCAAUUACAUCCUGAAGUAUCUAAAAGGCCAGAACAUAAAAGGCUCCAUAGCUGUUGAUCGAAUCAUAAAUAUCGAAGUUGGCAUAAGCAAUUAUGAAAUUAUGGAAACGGUGAGGAAGAUGUUUAAAUGCGUUCCUGAACAGGUGAUGUCCAUCAGUACUGGAAACAGAUGUUACUACCUCAUCGGGAGCAGCAGGCAGGAAACAGAGGACUGGGUCACUGUGUUGUCUUCAGUCUGCGGGGAGGCCGAACGAGGUGGAUGCUGCCCUCAGACCCAAGAUCUUUCAAAUCCAGAAUUCAGAAGCCGGCCCUCCUCUUUGCCACUGUUCUUGAAUUCUUCAAGUACAAUCAGUUCCCUGGAAAGGCAAAGCUACCAGAAGGAGAAUGGUCCCUCAGAAGACAAGAACAGGCCUAAUUCAGAUCCUGGCCCUCAUCAGGCUCCAAGAAGAGUUUUUCCAAGCCUGGAUGAAGAUCUCGGAAAGAGUGAGGAAAACCUGCUGUCGUCAGAUACAGAUGAAGACAUCAAAAAGGACGAAGAAGACUAUUACCAAACUCCCCGCAGUGUUUUAGCAAAGUGCGCUGCUGAAGUAUCAAAGCCUGACCAUACAGCUGAGUCUGAUGUCUCUGUGCAAGAGAAGCCUGUGCAGAAGAACCCAGUAAAGGAGAACAUUUAUAUGUCAAUGAAAUCACUUAGGUUGCUGGAUGAGAGCUGCCAGGUCCCAUGCAGACGUGAUGGGCUCCCAUCUCUUCCCAAACACCAAGACAACGGUGCAUGUCCAAGAGACCUGGAAGCAAAGAGAGACCUAAAACUCCCUGAAAGCAGCCCCAGCCAGCAGCCAGCCCUCCAGGGAAGGCAAAAUUCAUUACCGCUUUCAGUGGUUCAGUUGUCUAUACUGCUCAAUCAAGUUAAAGAUGAGACCAAACUGCAGAUGUUGGAUAUUUUUGUCCCCCUGGCUGAUAUUAACAGCUACCUAAAACUUACCGAAGCUGCAGGACAAAUAUGCGUCUCACAGUGGACUGGUCCUCGCCAUCUGGGAUGUUUGUUUAACCACGGAGACCAUAUAGUGGCUGUGAAUGACCUGCAACCGCAGGACGUGGAGGAGGCUUACUUCUUCAUCAGCAGGUCCACAAGAAAGGAGGUGAAACUUACUGUAUGUAGGAUUCCACAUUCAGAUAUCUUCCAUGUUAAAGGCUGCUCAUGUUCCUGAAAAAUGACCUCGAUGAUUAAUUCAGAGGCCUGUUUGUGCAGAAUUCUGCAUGAAGACAGAGGGACACCCCAGUUCUGGAACUACAGAGGCUGACAAUGGAAGAAAAGACAUUCCUUGGGAGCUCUCCUCCAAAGCUGCCAUGGGACUCCUUUGCUCUGCCCUCCCUUUUGGAGCACAACAAAUCCGUUGCUGCCUGAGGAGUCUCUGAGAGGUGGGAUGGCUUGCCAUCACCACACAAGGCUUCUUCCAGCUCUGUAACUGUGUCAGCCUGCUGGGACAGUCCUCUAGGCCUGAAUCCUAAAAUCACAGAUCACCUAGUUCAAGAGUAUCCACUGAAGAUGUCACCUUCAACCUUUCCUGCCCAAGGUUUGCCUGAGCUCUUCUACUGAGCUUCAGAAAAGGGAAGUCCAAACUUUCCUGUGUUGUUCCAAGACUCAUCUCUCUGUAUAAUUAGGAAGUUUUUUUCUAGUAUUUAUCCUAGACGGUCUUUUUAGAAAAUUAACCUGAUUUUUUCUUGCCCUGUUGUCAGUGGGCAUGGGGAAUGCUUGAUUUCCACUGCCUCCAGAGAAAUCUUCAUUCUGGAAGGUGUUUUCUUCUGCCUGUUCUUCCUUCUCUCCUUUUUUAGACCAAACAUCCUGCAUUCUUUCAACAUUUUUUCAAACGUUUCCUGAAAGUGGUCAUAUAUGUCACUGAACUGUGAGACAAAUACCUUGUUCUCCAGUUAUGGGUGAGCAAAAGAGGUGAGAUCAGCUGUAACGCAAUUUCCUGGCAUUUCAUAGAGAAACGUUUCCAAAAAGAGGUGAACUAGCAAAGCAGCUGUGACCCGUAUGUGGUGAUGGGGUGGAGGAGACCCACCACCGUAGCACCCGCACGCGGCAUUGCUGCCCAAGCAGGGGUUGCGCAACGCAUGCUGCACCUCUCUGCCGUGGACGAAUGUUACCUUUGGACAAAAAUAGGAUUUGGGUAGAUAUAACCCACACAGGAUAAUUCCAGAACAUUUCAGAAAACUGAGGGAUUAAUUCUGUACGUCGGUAAACAGUUACUGAUGCGUUACCCCAUAAUUGAUCAUUAUGUCAGUUUACACAGUGAUAAAUGCAGAUAAUUAAUGUCACAUAUUGGCUGAUUCAUAACACUUAGACAAAUACAAUAUGGAAUUGACAUCGGUACAGUAAAUUCUGGUAGGGUGUGUGAAGUUGUCUGCCCACAUGUGAUUAAUAAAUGCAUUAACGCUUUACAAUACAUUGUAUUCUGCAAAUACCUCACUUUGUCCUGACACAGCCUCUCCUCAUUCUCCAAAGACUACCUGUAAUUUCCCAGAAACCUGCAGCUGAGUCACCAAACAGCCUUUUUUAAAAAAAGCUACCCUUAAAAAACAAGAUCAACCUCAUUCUGUAACGUUUUUCCCAAUGUGAAAAUUUUACCUUCCUUCAAAUGAGCAAAUUCCGCUAACUCUCUGGACUGCUUCUAGAAGCAACAACAGAGGGAAAUGGCUACGUGCACGGCGUUACCCAGUGCUCGCUUUCAGACCUGACGGGAAUGUCUUUAAACCCACGGUGUCUGAGGGGUAACUGGUAAUUUUUUAGAUCACCUACUGGCAUUUUAAAUGCGUCGUAUAAGCACACACUCUUAAAGAAAUAGGUGAUAACGUGGCUUCUUGUUGCAGCGUGGUCUGUGGUGUCAAAAUCUUUUCUCAGCCAGUCUCCAGGUAAGUUUUGGGUUGUGGAAGGUUCUUGACACAGAUGCUUAAAUUUGGGUUGCCCAGGGAAGUUGUGGAUGCCCCAUUGCUGGAGGUGUUUGAGGCCAGGCUUUGAGCAGCCUGGUCUAGCGGGAGGUGUCCCUGCCCAGGGCAGCGGGGGUGGGACUAGGUGACUUUUAAGGUCCCUUCCAAUCCCAACCGUUCUAUGAUUCUACAUCAUGCUGAAAUUCAGUGAAUCCACAGACUGGCACAUCUACGUAAAACACAGCUGGAAGAAGGCUGCAGAUCCUGAAACCGUCUUGCACUGCUGACCCCAUGAAGUCACCUGCUUGGACGCAGGGGCCAGUGCUGGCUGCAACGCACGCCACGUUGAAUCGCUCAGCAUCUGCCAACUGGGUGGGCAAGAGACAAAACCCAACCGACUGCAACACAGAUUACCUGAUUAGCUAAUGUUUAACAUGCUCCUCACUAACUUCUUUAUUUCCUGUCAUUGAAUACAACCACUGCCUCUAGGUUGUUUCUCUGGCUCUUAAUUCAUGGCACAUUCCCAUGCCACACUCACUCAUUAGUGGCUGCUAAUUUCCCCCCCCCCCGAAUUCCCAAAAAUGAAUCAUGCUCUUUCUACCACGGUAGUACCCUUCUCCAGCCAGAAAAUGGCAACUGUCCAGGAGAAAAACAAGUCCCGGAACAGAAAGAAAGUAUUGGUAAGAGAAGUCUCCAAAUCGGUGUGAGGUCAUUGAAGUUAAGAAACUAAAAAGCCCAUUGUGCAGCAAGCACAAACCAGCCCACACAGCCCCCGCGCUUCCUCUCAAGGGCAACGCUGCCGAGAACCGGGCUUGGAGUCAUACGCCAAUCGAGGAGAGCAGGAGUCCUGCGGGAGAACGAGUCCAGCCAGGAAAGGUUCUGUCUGUGUCCAUGCUGGAGAGAAGCUCUGCGCAGGCUGUGGCGGCAAUGCGCAGGACUGGGCGUUACGGAGCGUCCCUCCAACCUGCGGUACCCAGCCAGGCUGGCUGCACUGUGGCUGGACUUCCAGCAAACGGAGUCCAUAGAGGAGCGGCGGCAAUAAAGGAGAGCGAUCUCACCUUGCACACCGAGGAGUGGGUCAGGAGUGAGCUGAGGACACCAGGUGCUUAAUCUAUGUUUUGCCACAAAUUUUCCCGUGACCUCAGGGGAGCCGUUUCCUCGCACGCACUCAGUAAAAUUAAAAAGUGAUUUCGGACACGUUGGCAUCGCGCUAUCUCUUACAAUGAACGCGAUCUCCAGCAUCACAUUCAAUACUAUGAAUUGCUCCGGAGAACAUCUGCUCCUCCCAGAACAUCUGCUGGAAACGCCUCCAUCAGGCUUGUACGCUACAGGUGCGGAGGCCGGUUCCUCAAUGCCCCAUGCUACGGAGAGAUGCUGAUGUGCCCAUCCAGUGCUAAGGGAGAAGCCAUCCCCCGUGCCCUGCAGAAAGGCGGCUUACCCUCAGUCACCCCUCAGACAGCACCGUCGCGAGCGAACAUUGGGUGAUGCUCCCGCUUCCCUGCAGGGAACUGGCUCGCCCCAGAGAGCCGCACCGAGCAGGGUCUAUAGAAAUCUCCUCAGUCAAACGGAUUCGUCCAGUACUUCAGGCCCCAUUAGGGAAAAUACUAAUAUUUACAAGGGUACUUCCUCGCUGGCGCUCCCUUUGUGAGUGCAGGGGCCAGACAGACAGGGUACUGCCUCCUCCGCAGAAAGCCUUAGCCACGGGACCGCCUACCUUCAGGUUUGGGGAGCUGUCAGCGUAAUCCGAGAUGCGCUGAGGACUUUUUUGGUUUGCUUCCCAGGGACGAACAGCCGUCCCACUUACGUGCCUCGCCGUAGCCAGCCGCUUCCCUCCUGCGAGGAACUUGGAGCGUGCCGGGCAGUUCCUAGAAAUGCCACUGGAAUUUUAAAUGUUCCCCUUGGCCCCUUAUCACUUCCUAAUUUAUUGCAUCAUUUAAAGAAAAGGAGAGGCCAGCCAAGCUUGAUACAAAUCUUUCAUUCAGCAAAAGCACCUGAAGAGAAACAGGGAGGAUACUCGGCGGCCAGCAGCCCUUUGCUCGCUGGCAACAGCAGCUCAGGGACGCAGCCGUCCCACCGCCAUCUCACAGCAGGACCAGCUCUUCAGGGGCCACCAAGCCCCCGUGGUGGGAGCAGGGCUGGACUUGCAGCAGCGAGUGUCCGGCCGUGUUGAAUCUUCCCUCCUGGGGCGCCUGGGUCACUCUGCGCCAGGGAACUGGUCUCUUCUCUAACCCAGCACUGGAGGGUGAAGUUGAGCAGUCAGUGGGCACACUAAGACCGUGGCUACCAGUGGUGCUACACUGUGGUUUAAAAUGCCGAAUGUUUGCUAUUAUCGUCAUUCGAGAGGUGCUCCAGAGCCCUAGGCACAGGCCACCAGCCCAGCUCCUCCAGCUCCUCCCUGGGGUCUCUCCCCGAAGAGCUCAACACCUCUGCCACCAAAGCAAGCAAACCCUCUGCAGGGGACCAGUCUGCGAGGUCUCCUUAGACUCUCCUUCCCAGUUUGGUUCAGUUCUUCCGUCACGGCGAAGAAACGGAGAUAACAAAGCUGAUUAAAGGAGGUAAGAGCCAAGAGCAAAGUCCGGCAAGCAGUUGCCAGGUGGCCAGAGAGCAGAUGAGCCACCUGCAGCCUGCUCCACCUUUGGCCCUGGCACUCCCAGCGACAGAGGCCAUCAGCGCUGAUCGUGCCAGACAGACUGCUGCUGCGUGAUGCAGUUUAAGCGUACAUAAUCCCGGGCAGUGCUGUAGGAUAAUCACAAGGUUUGUAAUUGCAGGCUGAUAAUCUCAGACAGCUGCUGCCGUGAACACCAAGGAUGCUGCUGCCUCUGUCGGCAGCGUGAGAGUGCGGAUUGGCCAGACUGAUACAGAGACCGCCUUUCCUGGGACCCCGCUUCUGUUUUAGCCCUGCUCUAGACAGCAUCUAUCUGGAAUCACCACGGCGUGGUGCAGGCCUGUCUUCGAUGGCCCUGGGAACUGGAAAAACAACCUGCACAGAAAAACUCCCAAACCAAAAACCCAAAGCAAAAAGGUUUCUGACCUUUCUCCACAUGACAGAAGUUCCUUGUACAAGUGAAAUCCCUAAGUCCUUGCUCCAGAAGAGAAAAACAAAUCAAUCUAAGCCUCCAUCUCGUCAUCCCAGAAGAAAAAUGAGACAAGGGGGAAAAAAGGCUUGGAAGAGUUAGAGCGUAUUCCUUGUCUGCCCUUACUUUUCUGUGAAAAGGGCUGAAUUAUUAGUUGUACGCUACAAAACCCCUUUGGAAAGGCCCACUGAGCGUUUGCAUUUCUCAAACGUGCCCUUUCCCACCUGGAAACGUUGUUCUGGCAGACUGAGAGGAUGUUGUACAGUUGCCCGGGAUUUCUGGGCACUUGAACAUCCCAAAUCUGCGCGGGGACCAGCUCCGGUGCUCUGUGAAGCCUCAGCCCCGGCGUGCCUGUGCCGCGCAGACACGAGAAAACCAGCGAAGCUCAGCAGCCGCCGGGUCAGGGGCACAGGGGCACGUCCACCGACCAGUUCCCGUGCAAACAGUCCCG